AUGGAAGAGGAGGGGGCAAGGAAGCGGAUCGACGAGAGAAGAGAAAGGGAGCUCGUAGAAGAUGUCGGGACGCGGAAAGGGAGGCAAGGGUUUGGGUAAGGGCGGAGCGAAGCGCCACCGGAAGGUCCUCCGGGACAACAUCCAGGGCAUCACCAAGCCUGCGAUCCGGCGUCUGGCGAGGCGUGGCGGCGUGAAGCGCAUCAGCGGUCUUAUCUACGAGGAGACGAGAGGCGUGCUCAAGGUCUUCCUGGAGAACGUCAUCCGCGACGCCGUCACCUACACCGAACACGCCCGCCGGAAGACCGUCACCGCCAUAGACGUCGUCUACGCCCUCAAGCGCCAGGGCCGCACCCUCUACGGCUUCGGCGGUUAGGGUUAGGAAAAUAUAGUACUUUAGGCUAGAACUUCCCCCUUUACAUUUGGGGGCUACGGUUUGAUUGAGAUGGCAUGUUAUUGUGGGCUAAUUGAAUGAAUUACAUGGAAUUAGGGUUUCGGACGAUGUAAUCUUCUGGAGCGAUUAAUGAUAGAAAUUGUUGUCCGUAAAUUUCUUCUCGUCUCUUUAUUCUCGAACUUCUAUUUGAGCUAUUUUGAAGCUCCAACUUGUUAUUUGGGCCGAGUGUUUUACGAGACAAUAAAUUUUGUUUUUAAUGA